GGAAGGAAGGGGAGGCCGGUCCUGGGCCUCGCCGCCAUUAGCGCGGCCUCAGGCCCCCCCCCAGUCCUUCCGGCCCGCCCUCCUGGGGAUCCCUUCUUCCUUCCUUUCAUCCUUCCCUCCUUCCCUCCUUCCCUCCAUCCGUCCGUCCCCAUGCUGGGCCCCAAGUGGCGCCUCGUGGCCGAGAUGCGCCUCUCCGUGGAAGCCCCCGGCGAGGACCGGCACAUCCUCUGCCUCUGCUCCAGGGCGUUUGUCGAGGAUCGCAAGUUGUACUACUUAGGAUUGAAGGGGUUCUACGUCAGAGAAGUUGACAGCAACAACAUAAGAGAGAAACGGCUGGAGGCGGAGGAAGAGAAUGGCCAUCACGUCCGUGGGAUAAAAGAAGCGGGCUUCAACAGUGCUUUGGCUUUGGAAGAAGGUGAACUGGAUUCAGAGGCUGAACUCAUGAAGAGUAUGGGAUUGCCGCUUCAGUUUGGAAGCCUAUCUGCUCACAAGAAUUUUGAGGUUUCCAUGAAUGCCAGAAACAAAACUAAAAUCAAAAAGAAGAAAAAGAAAAAAUCUCAACAGAAGUACUUGAAUGACAUUUUGCGAGAACCCUGGGAAGACAGCGUAGGCGACGACGAAAUGGCUUCAGAUGAUCCAUCCCCAGUCCCCGAGCGGUCAGAGAAAUCUAUCGCGUGUGAACUUCAGAACACUGGGGAAGACACGGAAACUGGGAAAUUGACUCCGAAAAAUGAAUUACCUAACAACCUGGAAGUUCCGGAGAAAUGGGAAAAGUAUUGGAAUCAUUACGGAGAAGGGUUGCUGUGGCAAAGCUGGCAGGAGAAAUACCCUGCUUUAGAACUGGGAGCUGAAAUUUGGAAUUCUCCUGACACCAAGGAGAAGUGGGAGCAGCAUUACAGUGAAGUCUAUUGGUACUAUUGGGAACAGUUUCAGUACUGGGAAGCUCAGGGGUGGACUUUUGAUAUUUCUCCAAGCACUGAUAUUAGUGAGCACAAAAAAGAAGUAAGCGACUUGCAAGACACAAGUUGCACUGAUAGAGACACUCCAGAGGGAUCGCCGUUGGAUCCUCGUAUUUCUUCCGUGUCUCCGGCCAUCCCCAGUUGUAAAGAAAGCUCUAGUAGCUCAGGGCAUAAUGAGGAAAUAGCUCUUGGAAUUAGUAACAUGAAUCUAAAUCCCGAAGAAGCAGAGCAGGGCAAGUUAGACUUGACGGAAAUUUAUAGUGGCCAUCAGCGGCCAGAUUCGGCUACCGGUGGAAGGGGGAAUCCUUGUGUUUCCAACCAAAGUGAACCCUGUGAUGGGGGAACCCAGAAAAGGUGCACAUCUGGAAGGAGGAGCCCCCAGCAGCCAGAUUCACAGACUUCCUUGGGAGCACAUACAAACAAAGAGACAUCAUCCAGCAAUGAGAAGAAUGGAGAUGAUAGUGAAGAAGAUCCUCCAGAAUAUAAAUCAGCCAAGCUCAAGAGAAGCCAUGAGCUAGACAUCGAUGAAAAUCCAGCUGCCGACUUCGAUGACAACGGUUCUCUCCUAGGAUUCAAGCAUGGCUCAGGCCAAAAAUAUGGCGGAAUUUCAGAUUUUACCCAGAGACGGGUGCGGUAUCUGGAGAAAAAUGUGAAACAUAAAUCGAAGUUCCUGGAUAUGCGCAGACAAAUAAAUACAAAAAAUAAGCACAUCUUCUUUCAAGAAGAAUCAGAAAAAUCAUCUUCCCGGAAGAAUAAGACUUUGAGUAAGGUAGAGAAAUUCCUCAAGUGGGUUAAUGAACCAGCCGAGGAGAGAGUAUCUCAGGAGUGCUGUCAUCGGGACCGGGAGCAAGACACCUCCACGAGCAGUGACUCGGAUGGACAGGAAAGAGCUGUUCAAAAACCUGAAGGGGCUUCUCAAAACAGUGAUGAGGAACUUGAAAAGACUGACUUAUCCCCGUCGACUCCCGUGUGUUGCGAACCCGAAAUGGAAGAAGCCAGAGAAAACAAAGUCUCAGAUGUAGCUGAAGAGCAGGAAUGUGCUCAUGGGCGGCAGCUGGUCGCACUGGACAUUCCAGACUAUCUCCGAGUAGAAACUGAAGACGAAAGAAGAAAGAAGCCAAAGAAAAACAGGAAAAAGAGGAAGGCCGUGAAUCCUUUCCCUCCUGAGAUUGCAGCCGAUCCCGAACUGGCGAAAUAUUGGGCCCAAAGAUACAGGCUUUUCUCACGCUUUGACGAAGGCAUUAAAUUAGACAGAGAGGGCUGGUUUUCAGUCACACCUGAGAAGAUUGCUGAACACAUCGCAGGUCGGGUCGAGCAGUCCUUCAACUGUGACAUCGUAGUGGAUGCGUUCUGCGGAGUUGGGGGAAAUGCCAUUCAGUUUGCCUUGGCCGGGAAAAGAGUGAUUGCCAUUGAUAUCGAUCCCGUGAAGAUUGAUCUGGCUCGCAACAAUGCCCAAGUGUAUGGGGUAGCCGACCGGCUAGAGCUCAUCUGCGGAGACUUCCUGCUGCUGGCUCCCAACUUAAAGGCAGACGUGGUGUUCCUCAGCCCGCCGUGGGGAGGGCCCGAUUACGCCACCGCAGAGAUCUUUGACAUCCGAACGAUGAUGUCUCCUGAUGGAUUUGAAAUCUUCAGCCUAUCCCGGAAGAUCACUAACAACAUUGUGUAUUUUCUCCCUCGAAACGCUGAUGUUGAUCAGGUGGCUUCCUUAGCUGGACCUGGAGGACAAGUGGAGAUAGAACAGAAUUUUCUAAACAACAAAUUGAAGACAAUCACCGCAUACUUUGGUGACCUGAUCCGAAGAGAUGCCUCUCAAGCACCAGUUCCAGAUGACAUCCAGGGAGGGAGUGUGAUGUAAUGGUUACAGAUCAGGCAAUUCAGAGGACAUGGAUUUUAUUCACAUGUUCACCGGGAACUAAUUUUGUGGUCUCUGCGUCAUUUUCCAACAUAUAAAAUAAAAUAGAUAUGGCUUGGGCAUCUGUAAAGGUGUUGUAAAGAAGAAGGUAUUGGCCAUAAAAUGGUUUGAGAUUAGCUCCGAUUAUUUUCACACUUUCUGUGCUGUAAAGUGCUUGUCUUUUUGUUUAACACACUCUUUUACAUUUCAAUAUAUCUUACUUUUUGUAAUAUAUCUGUUGUUAAUUGCGGUUCAAUUUUGAAAUUUUUGAAACUGUUGUUUAUACCCUGCUUUUUCUAUAAUUACAGUGAAAGAAAGAGAAAA